CAGGGCAGUGCGGGGAAGACCUCUGAGGGAGAUACAGAGAGAGCGAGGAGAGGGAGAGUAGAGAGAGAGAGAGAGAGGUGACAGAUAGACACGAGAGAGAGAGAGAGAGGGUGAGAGGUAAGGGUGAGAGCGAGCGUACGAGAGAGAAGAGAGAGGGAGAGGAGAGAGAAUCACUGCUGCGAGGAAGAGAGAGAGAAAGACAUACACAUACGAAAGACAGUGAGAGAGAGAGAGAGAGAGAGAGAGAGAGAGAGAGAGAGAGAGAGAGAGAGAGAGAGAGAGAGAGAGAGAGAGAGAGUGACGUCCUCUCGUUCUCACACACCACGUGGAACGCUCACCACUACCACCACCACUACUAAGACCUCCACCACCACCACCACCACCAGCCGCCUCCACGACCUUACGACCACUUCCCCGCGAGGACUCAAGAGAACAGAAGCCAGAAGCGAGGAGAAACGUACAUAAUGGAGAAGGCGGCCACAUACACAGUCAUGGCGCCUCCACACCCUUGCAAGAGACAGUGGGUGGUGUGGGCGGCUGUGGGCGUGAGUGUGGUGGCGUUGGUUGUGGCCUGUGUGACUGCUGCGGUGGUCAACGAACAGGCGGGGAGAAUCAAUAAUUUGGAAGGACAUUUAAUGGAGACGGAAAGCCAUAUUGAAAAUAUACUCAGAUUAACUAUUGCUAAUCAUGAGUACGACUACCAAGACUACGAUGAUGACUACUUGUACGAAGACGACCAGGUGGACGGGCAAGAGGGAAUCACAGUACGACGAGUAGUAAGAAGAAGACGGCAGGUGAACAGCAAUGAGAACGAGCUACCUGAGUCCUCCAACGUGCCAAUAUACGACAGGUCUUACGGAAUUGAUCUCAAGACCCAGGCCGCCUCGAAAGGUCUCCGGCUCUACGAUUCCCUAUUGGAUAACGAGGAGAACGAGAACCAAUCAGUGAGCGAGGAUACACCUGAGGCCACGGAGAGCCCAAUCAAGCCCUAUCACAGAGUAAGCAACUUGUGGGUGCCAAAGAGGCGACGCCCGAGGUUGCCAAGCUCCUCAGGCACUCCCACCCUUUCCUCCAGGACUGUUGUACGUCAGGUCGACUCUACUAAUGGUGACGCCAACGAUCUAGCCCAAAACAUCUUCCCCAGCGGCCCAGCACCACUCCUCAGUUCCAGGCUGACUCAGAGGUCCCAUACGAAGAGCCUGCACGGAUCCAGGCGGGGGACGAAAAGGCAACAAAAGCAGCGGGCUCGGUCUAACAAGGCUCCCACCUCAGUUGUGUUCCGCUCUUCCUUCGUUAAGGCCACCUCUCGCCACGACGGGUUCACGAGUCCCAACAGCGUGGUGCCUCCAGUUCCUGAGAGCCUAGAAAUCCCGAAGGUGGUGGAGCAGGACGGGGGCAGGACGACACCAGUAGCCUUUGCCAGGGCCCCCGUCAGUAGCUUCUAUGGCAAGAAGAGGAGGAAGCUGAGGAACAAGCAGCACAGAAGGAGGCGCCGCGCUCGUCCCAUCAUCACUCUUGCUCACUUCGGCGCCUCCUCCGUCAACACUACAUCUCAUGGUUACCAUGGCGCUGGGGAACACCUGGAGUGGACACCUGCUAACUGGAUGGAUAAACUUGGCCUAAACAGCAAAUACACUAUGGACCAAGGGACUGUCACUGUGAGGGAAGCAGGUCUUUAUUAUCUUUACGCUCAGGUUCUCUACGAGUCCGGCAGGUCAGGCGCAGGCUACCAGAUCCUUGUGGACGACAUUCCCAUCCUUGAGUGCCAGCUGCCCGCCCUCAGGCCAGCCCCCACCUGCCUCACCGGGGGCCUCUCCUACCUGCCCAGGAACGCCAAGGUCAGAGUACGUGACCUGACGAGCAACCUGGUGACCGUGAGGCGGCACCAGAACACCUUCUUUGGCCUGGUGAAGCUGAUGGACGCUCGCUACACGGCGGAAGAAAUGCUGCUGGCCUGAGGAAGGGGUGACGCGGCGGGAGAGGAAGAGGGAACCUAACCUAACCAAGAUGAGUGAGAUAUGAAAAUUAGGGAAAAAAAUAUCAAUAAUAGCGAAAAAAAUGUAUAAACAGUGAGAAUAUAAUGAAAAAAAAAGAGAAAAAUAUAGGAAUAACAGUGAUGAGAAUGUCAUAAAGAGGAGAGAUAGAAAAACAGAAAAGUUGACAUAGGGGACAAAUGAAGAAAAAAGAGAAAAAAAGAAAGAAAAACCUAUGAAAAAUAUACUACGAAUAAUAAUAAUGAAAUACAAAACUAAGAGAGAAAAAAAUAAAUAAAUAAAGUCGAGAUGAGUCAAUAAGCUUCCAACUGUUAUUUCUGUAGUCAAUACAUAAAUAACAGUGAAAAAGAUAUGAACAGUAAAUAUGAUAGAAAAAAAAAUACAGGAAAAGGAUAAGAUGAUGCAUGAUAACAACAAAGAAUAAGGAGAAAAAUAAACAGAAUGAUAAAGAAAGAGAGAUGAAGGAGGCAAGGAAAAUGUAAUAAGGAAAACGCAGAAAAAUACAUGAAAUAACUGAAUGAAGGAAGAAAGGAAGGAAGGAAGUCAUGAAGAUAA